AGCACUUCAUGAAGGGAAGACAAAGACUUGACCUGCGUUAGAGUGUUAAUACUGUGGUCCCUCAGUUUGGCCAUCUUUAGUAUCAUUGGAGCAGUGAGAACUGGGUGCUUCAUGUUGUACGUUCUCAGAACCAGUGGCUUUAAACAGUCUGUUUGUGAUCAGAGCUUCUACUAUGGGCCAAUAAGCAAGUUCUGGGCUUGUGCCUUUGUGCUGAGCAAGGCCCCAGAGCUAGGGGACACCAUGUUCAUCGUCUUGCGCAAGCAGCGGCUGAUCUUCCUGCACUGGUAUCAUCACAUUACCGUGAUGGUGUACUCCUGGUAUUCCUACAAAGACCAGGUCGCCGGUGGUGGCUGGUUCAUGACCAUGAAUUACACCGUGCAUGCGCUCAUGUACAGCUACUACACAGCUCGAGCUGCUGGAGUGCGUGUGCCGAAACCCUGUGCCAUCAUCAUCACUUCCUCUCAGAUUGCUCAGAUGGCCAUGGGGCUGGCAGUAAGUGCGCUAGUGUACCAAUGGAUGCAGGAUGGGGAUUGCCCUUCUUACAUAGAUAACAUAGUGUGGGCUUCACUCAUGUAUCUCAGCUAUCUGCUCCUCUUCUCCUCUUUCUUUUAUCAGUCUUACAUGAAGGGUUCAAAACGAGCCACAAGCAUCAAAAACGAGUGAUGCAUAGC